AUGGCAGACAACAACAACAACAACAACAACAAGAACAAGAAACCCGAAACUGAGAAGGAGAAGGAGAAUAUGAGCGAAGCGACCCGCGAGGAUCUACGGCGCAUGAACAUCGGCCUCACAGACCAAACCACCAUCGAGACCCUCUCCCGUGCCGGUAUGAUGGCCAAGAAUAAGAGAGACCAAUCACACUUCCAUCGUGAUAAGACCGUCGCCCCCGUCAAGGCUGCUGGGAAGAAGGAGGGUGAGGCUGAGGAGGACAAGUAUAAGAAUACAGGCGGUGGUGACAAGGAGCAGAACAAGAAGCAGACUUGA